UAAGUCCUCAGUGUAGCAGGUAACACUCACACUCACCCACACCUCUCUGCAGCUCAGCUGAACACAACACUCCAGACAACAUGUCUUAUAACUACAGCUCUGGAAACUUCUCCUCCCGCACUUUUGGAGGCUACCUGGGAUGUCCAGCUUCUACCUCUGAGACUGUCUUCCCUAACAACGUAGUCUACUCUUCCGGUGCCUACCAACUGGGCUCUCCUCUCUAUGCAGAUUUUCAGGAGACCUUCAACGAGCCUGCCGAGUGCCAGAACUCCUGUACUGUGACCAGACCCUUCCCAAGAUCCUGCUACCGCCAGAAGAAUUUCUUCCUCAGCAAUCCCUGUCAGACCAAUUACACUGGCUCUCUGGGAUAUGGAAAUGUUGGCUUUGGGUCUUUUGGUUAUGGAAACACUGGAUUCCAAUCCCAAGGCUGUGGAUCCACCUUCUACCGCCCAGCUUACUUUUCUUCCAAGCACUGGCAGUCAUCUUGCUACCAACCAGCCUUUGGUAAUCGCUUUUAUGGAUCAACUUACUGAGCAUCUCCCAUUGCCUCAAGACUGUGAGUGCAUUUUCUGAAACUCUAACACUCAGCCUGGCCAAUAUCUGUGAUUACUGACCAAUGGCCUCACCAGGACUUGCCAUCACAGUCUUCCUUUGUGGACUUUCUAAUUCUGAUAUGAAAAAUGGCUUGCAUGUUCUUUUAUGCCAGUGUUUAGAAUGACUACUGCUAAUCUUGCUAGAAGGGGCUUCUCUUUAUUCUCCUCGGAACCUUCCACUUAAAGGUAUUGCAAGUAGCAAUAUCUGUGACAUUUAAAAUAAAUUCAUUUCUCUUGCAUGAA